GCCGCUUCCCCUUGCUUGAAGUUCUAUAAUUCUAUGCCGAUGCUAAUCUCAUCUUACCAGGAAAGACGGCUAUGCGGAUGCGUCGAAUGCCGUCUCGUUUACGAGCAGGAUUACAUCGGGUUUGUCAAUUCCCGACCUGCGGCAAAUCAGCACUUGGAAGAUGUCGAGUAGUCCCUUUAAAAGGUCACUGGAUGCGAUGCUCAAUGGCCUCACACAAUGACCAUCUCUACAAACCCUUCUGCUCCCUUGGUGGCUGUUGUCGGUGGGACAGGCAACCAAGGCAGAAGCGUAAUCGAUGCGCUCGACUUGUCUCCUCGGCCCUACAGAAUUCGAGGCUUCACGAGGGAUGUGACCAAACCCGCCGCACAGAAAUUGGCCGCAAGGGGCGUUGUCAUGUACGCAGUGGACCUCACAGUCCAGAACAAGGACGCCGUGAUGCAAGCGUUUGUUGGCGCCGAUCUCGCCUUUCUGGUGACAAACUUCUGGGAGCAUGUCGACCCCGAAAGAGAGAUCGCGGAGGGUAAACUGAUGAUCGACGCUGUUAAAGCUGCUGCAGUCAAACGAGUCGUCUGGUCGGGACUCCCUUCUCCCGCCAAAUUCAGCGACGGAAAGUACACCGAGAUUGUUCAUUUUGAGACGAAGGCCGAGAUCUCCAUAUACGGCCGCGAAUCCGGGGUUCCAAUCGUCGACGUUCAGGCCGGAUACUACUCUUCGAACCUCUUCAAUCCCAUUUUUGGUCCACAGAAACAAGAAGAUGGAUCCUUUGCACUGGAAUGGCCUUUUAGUCGGGCGACUCAGCUGCCAAUGAUCGACACGGCGACCGACUAUGGGCUGUGGGUGUUGAAAGUCUUCGAGCAGCCGGAAUUCCCCGUUGGAUCUACGCUGCAUACCGCGGCUGAGAUGAUAUCCUUUGAAGACAUCACGUUUCAACUUGCUAAAGCAACAGGCAAGAAGAUCUUCGCCCGCCAGCUCCCUGUUCCGCAAUUUGUUGCUCGGUGCACAGCUGCGGCCAUGCCGCCCCACAUCGUGCGGGACAUGCAAGAUACUGCGGGAGCAGUUGGAGAAUUCGGAUACUAUCCCCCCGGUGCUCCGAUCGCAAACUCCGAGGGUUUACUGCGUGCACCUCGCAAAUGGGCUGAGAUUGCUCGGACCACUGACUGGAGCUCCGUCCUUGCUUGAUUGU